CGGAGGACGGGGAGGGAGGUGUGGGGCCGGGUGUGCACACCGUCUAUAUAUACCACCGUGGCACCGGCGCCGGAGGAGUCACGGAGCAGAGGAGCCAGCGGCUGACAGCACACCCGCAGCCGCUGCCGUUGGCACCAUGAGGGCCGUGCUCUGGGACCUGCUGCUGCUCUGCCUCUUCGCCCGGGCACGGGGCGACUGCCGGGGGGACUGCCUGCGCUGCGACCGCCAACUCUACAGGGACAGCUUCGACGUCCUCGUCUGCAUCCUGGAGUGCGAAGGCGAAGCUGUGCCGCGGGCCACCUGGGAGAUGUGUGCCGCCUCCAACCGAGCCGCCCCGCGGCGGGGGGCCACCGGUGCUGGCGUCUUCGGUGCCGCGGGGCCGGCGGAGGCGGCGGCGAGCCCGCUGCAGGUAAGCGAGCUGCUGCGGCGGCGGGACGCCGAAGACGGAGGCGCGGGGACGGCGCCGGGCGCUUUCCCGUCGCGGGACGAGGACAUUUCCCGGCGGCUCGGCGGUGGCUUCCCGCGGGGGACGCGCGGCUCGUGGCCGGCGGCCCGAGGGGUGCAGAAGCGGUACGGGGGCUUCAUCGGGGUGCGCAAGUCGGCGAGGAAGUGGAACAACCAGAAGAGGUUUAGCGAGUUCCUGAAGCAGUACCUGGGCAUGUCGCCCCGCUCCAGUGAGUACGACAUUGCCGGCGACCUCAGCGAGCACAACGAGAUCUAGCCGGCCCCGCGGCACCCAUUUGGAGGUGGAUCUGCCAUGGCCAAAAAAGUCAACCCAUUGCUCCCCUGCCCCGAAACCUCCGUUAGGAAUCGCGAGCCGGUCCCAUGCGUGCCCGGUUUUCUCCAGGAAGCGAUGGCUGCUUUAUUUUUAAUUUUAUUUUUCAUUGCACCCCCCCCAAAGUGCCAUAGUUUUGCCCCAUAAGACCCCACCCAUCCCUGGCCCCUUUUAUUUCUUUGUUGUUUUUUGUGUUUUUUUUUCCUAGUAGUUGGGUUUUGCCCAAUAAAUGCCGUUUUCGCCCCGCUGAAUGGCGAUGCUGGAUCUGGGUGGGGAUGCUCCAGCGCUGCAUUCCCCAUUCCCACGGGUGCAAAUUAAAAAUGGGGGGAAAAAAAUAAAAAUGGCUUGAAAAGACCAAGCCACGAGGCAAGGCUGCAUGUCCCUGGCUCGGUGACAGCCCCAGGAAAGUCCCUUUGCCAUCGGUCACACCGGGAUGAUGGGCGAAAGGGUUUUGUCCCCAACACCAAAUAGGUACACAGAAUGUUUCAGCCCCCAAAAAGCAGGAAAAAAACUCAAAAAAAGCCAAACUUGUUGCUUUUAGAAAUGAGAUGAAGCCUCCCAAAAGCUUUGUGUUGGCAAAAUCUAGCAGUGAGUGGGGGGGCAGCCCCCGAAAAGCGGUGCCGGCGGGAGGAGAAGCCGGGAUGGUCGGGAUGCUCAGAGCCCCCAGUGCCUGCCCUGCACCCAGCGAGGCCACCCACCUCCCAAAACACCCAAAACUGAGUAUUGGGGGAAUUUUUAAUUCCCCUCCCCUUUUUUAUCUUUUUUUUUUUUUCUUUUUGUGCUGCGAGGCAUCUCCCUAACUUAGGGGAGUUCUCCCCGGCCCCGCAGCCCCCGGGACCGAGCAUCCCGGCCCCUCGCCCGCUCUGCUCUCAGCUGCAUUUCUUUUUCUUUCUUUUUUUUUUUUUUCUGUUUUCUUUCUGUUUUUUUUUGUAGCGUUCCGGCACCGCGUCCCGGCACCCGCCACCAGGCACAGGCAAAAUUAGCCCUGCUCCUGUCCACCCAAGCAGCCUCCACCUCUCUCUGACGGACCCCAAAGCGCUUCAGACUCGCACGCGUUCAGAAAUCACUUUUCUCCCUUCUGGGGAGCAGCCACCUGGGUGCCCGCCCGUGACCGCUCUUCACUCGGUAGCAAUUUAAGCCAGGACGGGAAGGAUUCGGCCACCGCCGGACACGGGAGCGAGGACGGCGGGGAGGGGGACCACCAAAAAAAAAAAAAAAAAAGAGGAAAACGGGAUUUUUUGCAAAAUUCGCACCUCGCUCGGCCAUUGGAAACACCCCACACAUUGGACGCAGUGGAAAAUAGUGAUUUUUUUUUUUUUUUUGGUUUUGUUCCUCCCUCCCCCCCCCCCCCCCGAUUAUUAUUUCAUGCUUUUGGGCAUCCCCUCCCAGCCCCAGCCCCCCGCCAGGACCCUGGCCGGGGGAUUUAUCCACACCCCCUGGAUUUAUCCCCACCUUUUGGCUGGGGGAUGCUGAGACACCGAGAGGUCGCAUCCCGCCGUGGCUCAGUCCCCGUGCGCCUGCAGGAGGGGACCGGAGCACGGUGCAGCACCCAGAGCUGGGUAGAAAACACCUGGAAUUGUGGUUUUAUUUUUUUUUCCAAUAUAAUUUAUUAUUAUUGUUGUUUUUUGCGCUUUCCUUGAGGUUUGAUAAGGACUCCGGGGUUGACUUCUUUGCUCAGCAACACAGCCGCGCGUGCGUCUCUUGUCGCGUCCCCCCGGCAUGUAUCGCAUCCCAGCUGCCGUCCCCGCCGGGGUGCCUUCCCGGGGCUCCCAGCGUGACCCCGGAGCCGUGUGUGUCCCCCCCAACCCUUCUGCCUAAUUUGCUGCCCGAAGCAUGUCCCGCGUGCCCCGCGCCCGGGUCUCACCCGCAGCGCCGCCCCUUCGCCCUUUGUACAAAAAAAAUGAUAAUAAAAAACCCGACACACCCCGUGGAAACAAACAAACAAACAAAAAAAAACAGCAAAAAAAAAAAUCUCGCCCCCCCUCU